AUGGCAUGGCCCUACGAUCAGCAGUGGGAAGAUACCCGUAUUUAUGAGUAUAGUCUAGACAAUCCUGCUCAGACCUUCCCUCAUCUAGCCCCUGGUCUCAACUGGAGCACAUGUGCAGAAUUCGAAAUGACCAUGUCCAAUGCUGUGCCUGUCACCUCCGACCUAUCGCCUCGGCCCCGGCUGAAUUCCUUGGCGGUGCAGGGAGGCUCUACUCAUGCCAUGUCACCUAGCGUGCCCCACCAACCGAACGCCUCGAAACCUAGAAUUGCUCCCUAUCCAAAUCCCCCAAAGGAGCCGGCUGUAAUUUCCAGGAGACAGAACAACACUCGAAACAGCGCUAGAGAACGCCAGACCAGCGGUUCGCCCCCGCACAACCCCAACAAUCUGGAGUUCCAAUGCAAGUGGGACAGCUGUGGCUACCGAGGCACUUUCAAACGGGAAUCUUCCCUCAUCCGCCACAUUCGGAAAAUACACGUCAGCCCUCUGGCUUAUCCAUGUCCAGUGCAGGGCUGCGAGAAGGCUUUUAAUCGUGCAGACAAUCUGGUUCAGCACACACGAAACAAGCACUAUACUUAUUAA